UUCUGUUUCCAUUUCCAAAGAGGAUGAGUUCACUUAGGACAGGAGGUGAAUGGUGAAAACACGCGUUGCGGAAGAAAAAGGUCCCCAUAGAAACGAAAUCAAUUUGAGCAAAAAGUAAAAUAAAAUUAAAUAUCCAAACGACGUCGUUCUCAUAACCGAUCCGAUAUAUAUUUCUCCUCCCAUUAUCGGUUUUUACGUUUUAUAGAAACGAGAUGAGCACCCCCGUUUGCCCAUUCGUGAAAGCGGCUCGUCCGGACGACACCGGUUCAGCCAAAAAAGUCGACUCCGCCACCGUGUCUCCCAAAUGCCCCUUCGGUUACGAUUCCAAUAAUUUCAAGCUUGGUCCUCUCAGUUGUAUGAUCUGCCAAGCUCUUCUCUUUGACUCCACCAAAUGUAUCCCUUGUUCUCAUCUUUUUUGCAAAGUAUGUAUUUCUCGGUUCAAGGAUUGUCCAUUAUGUGGAGCUGACAUAGAGAAGUUGGAAGCUGACACCAGUCUUCAAAGCAUGGUUGAUCGAUUUAUUGACGGCCAUGCUAGGAUCAAGAGGGCUCAUUUUGACACCAAUGGGGAAGGAGAGCAAGUUCCUAACGAGGAUAAAAAGGUAAUUUACGAGGAUGUCUCGUUGGACAGAGGUGCUUUCUUAGUGCAACAGGCCAUGAGGGCUUUUCGUUCUCAGAAUAUAGAAAGCGCUAAAUCUAGACUUACCAUGUGUGAGGAAGACAUCAGAGAUCAACUAGAGAAAAUGGGCAACACAUCAGAGUUGUGCUCACAGCUUGGUGCAGUACUGGGUAUGCUUGGCGAUUGCUGUCGAGCAAUGGGAGAUGCUGCUGCUGCAGUCAAUUAUUUUGAGGAGAGUGUUGAGUUCCUUACAAAAUUGCCAACAGAUGAUCUGGAGAUAACACAUACACUCUCAGUUUCACUUAACAAAAUUGGAGAUCUUAAGUAUUAUGAUGGUGAUCUGCAAGCUGCAAGGUCUUACUACUUCCGCUCAUUGGGUGUCCGACGCGAUGUCAUCAAGAAUCAUCCUGGCGUUGCUUCUCAGAUUCUGGAUGUAGCAGUGUCCCUUGCAAAAGUUGCUGAUGUAGACAGAACUCUUGGAAAAGAGGAUGUGGCUGUUGAUGGAUUUCAAGAAGCCAUAAAAUUGUUAGAUUCUUUGACAUUGAAAUCUGAAGAAGCUGGUCUUGAGCCUCGGCGCCUUUCAGUGCUGGCAUUCCUCAAAACUCAACUUGCAGAGAAACAAUCCGAGGCAACUGUUAGUUCCGUGUCCCCGUAAUCAGAAACUAUGAACUAAAACAAAGGAGCCUGUUUCUGUACAUACACAAAGCUCGAGUUUGGCCGGUGAGAUUUGCCGGAGUAGUGAAUAUUUUGGUUGGUCCCCGGAGCACAAGUGACAAGUAAUCAUGCAUACGUUUAUCUGCUAAAUGUUGUUACUUUCUACUUGAGUUGGUAAUCACUCGAGCUUUGUUCACUUCAAUAGCUAUAUGUAACCUUAAAAUAAGAGGCGACAGCACCGCCUUUUUAUCAGAAUUCAAUAUUGUUUUGUUUUAUUCCCACUUCUUUUUAUAUGAAGUAUUAUGAAUAAGGAUGGUA